UGCAUCGGAUCACCCUCGUCCCCGACCCCCGUGUCAGAGGCAGCCGUAGACACCGGCUCCGAAAUCACCACCACGGACUUACAGGAGAAGGAAGUUGUGGAACAGGCGGAAAAUGGAAGAGACGCCGCUGCUAUCGGGAAUGCUAAUGAGGAAAACAGGGAGCAGGAGACUGACAAUGAGGUAGAUGAACAAGAGGAAGAAGGUGGGGAGGAAGAGGAGGAGGAAGAAGAAGGUGACGCUGAGGAAGAGGAUGGAGAUGAAGACGGGGAAACUGAGUCGGUUACGGGCAAGCGGGCAGCUGAGGACGAUGAGGAUGACGACGUCGAUAUCAAGAAGCAGAAGACCCACCGGGAUGACCAGACAGCAGAAAAGGAAAACAAAUUGACAAACAUAAUUCAAAUGAAGACCUACCACAAAAAUGAUGACUUCAACAAGGGAAAUGUCACCUUGACAAACCAGACAGUAGCCAAUACUCUAUUCUUCACCAUGCGUCUCCUUUUAGUAUCGACAUCAGGCUUUAUUCAGGCAACGGAUGAAUCAUUAAAACCUUGUAUGCAGGAAAGCUAUAUGAUUGACUCUUAA